CAGAGCAUGUCUGUGUGCGGGUCGGUUCGCCGUCGACGGCUGCUCGUCGUGAGGGGGCAGCCAUGAGAGGGACCUGUCAUCUGCAGCUGGUGCUGGCAGCUCACCUGCUGGGCAUAGCUGCCAGUUUUGUGCUCGAAGGCUCACAGACGUCUUUCGCCCAGUUCCGCAAAUGGAACGCCGCGCUCAACGGCACACUCGAACUAGAAUUCAAAACUGAGAACGCUAACGGACUCUUGCUGUACACAGAUGACGGAGGCACGUAUGAUUUUUUCGAGAUCAAACUGGUGGAAGGCGCGUUGCGGUUGAGGUACAACCUCGGGGGUGGCGCGCAGAUCAUCACGGUGGGCCGCGACCUGCACGAUGGCCACUGGCACAAGGUGAAGGUGAAGCGAGACGGUGAGCGCACCUCACUCACUGUCGACGCCGUCACCCAGGAGCGCACUUCCCGCGGCAAGGAGUUCUUCUUUGGACGCCUCGCCUCCAAUUCGGACGUGUAUGUCGGAGGCAUGCCCGCAUGGUACAGUUCCAAGCUGACUCUGUUGGCUCUGCCCAGCGUCAUCUUUGAGCCACGCUUCGGCGGUGCCAUCCGCAAUCUCGUGUAUGCCGAUGAGGAGGUCGCCGUACCGCGUCGCCAGGAAAUGAAGAUGAACGACCACAAGGGCUUGAGAGGGAAUCUGACAGACGCUUGUGAGGAGCAUGACCCAUGCCAACAUGGUGGAAUUUGCAUAUCAACCGAUAGCGGUCCGAUUUGUGAAUGCCGCAACCUAGAUUACGAAGGAAUAUUUUGUGAAAAAGAUAAAGCGCCUUCGGAAGCGACAUUUCGCGGUCUUGGGUUUCUGUGGUACGAUCUGAGUCGCACUGGGGGAGAGCCCAUUGUCAGUAAUCAAGACUCCAUUGCACUCACCUUCAAGACUCGACAUCCCACGGGACUACUCUUCCAUACCGGUGAUGGGAUGGAUUAUUUAAAUUUAGCGCUCAAAGAAGGUGGUGUGAUACUUAGUAUGAGCUUAGCCAAUGGUAAACUAGAUUUGCACGUCAAGCCCAAUAAAGUUAGGUUUGAUGACAACCAAUGGCACAAAGUUACUGUUCAUAGGAAGAUUCAAGAGGAAAGGGUUUUCAAAGGCCGCCCUCACACUCUAGCAAUGUUGAAACAGCGGAUUAUUGACGAAGUGAAUGCCAUUCCCCGCGAUAUGUGUGCAAGAGCUGCUGAAAACUUCAGAGAUCGCCUUCAACAAUGUAUUGAUGCUAACGGUCGCCAUCUUCAGGACAUAAUUUUCAAAAACUAA